AUCGAAGGAUAUCCCUUUUUCAAUUUUAAAAAAAAAAAAAAAAGAAUAUCAACUCUCAGUUCCAAGACUUGUAAAGCCAUGAGUAACCCGCCAAAUAUUGGACAACAGUCUUCUAGCCUUCAGCCCGGCAUCCGACAACAGGAUUUCCCUCUUCAGGGACAAGGCAAGGAUCCUUUUACGGACGAAAUUGACCACGAUGAAGACUUUGACAUGAGCUUUAGUAUAGAUGAGAGAAAUCACCUUGUUGGGCAUGGACACUCCCAUGACCAUAAUCACGAGCAUGACCAUAAUCAUUUUGGCGAUCAUCGUGAGCUUGGACAUAGUCACGACCAUAGCCAUAGUCAUAGCCAUAGCCAUGAUCAUAGCCAUGGACACGAUCAUAAACAGGAACACGAAAGUAGCACGUCAGAAGAGAAUGAUAUCCAUGAAGAAGCAUUACAUUUUCAUAAGAUCAUCAAGGCAUUUUCACAAUAUAAAGCUUCAGCCAUGUAUGCGAACCAUCGAAGACGGACAGAUUUUUAUUCUUUACCAGAGAGACAACAAAAACUUGAAUGACAGAGCCAAGAAUGCAGCGGCACUUCGGAUUCGGCAGCCUGAUAUGGAAAAAGUACAAGGGACGAUUAAGCAGUUUGUGCGCGAUUGGAGCGAAGAGAAAGAGAAGCCAUUUAUGAUCCCAUUAUAGAAGAACUGGA